CGAUCUGUCUCUUCGUUUUGUCUAACGCAUUACCCAUUGGUGAUCCCGUUGGUGGUCCCGCUGAUGAUUACAGAGGAAGAGGAUAUGGUGAUGAUUAUUGUAAUCGUAUUUGUGAGAAUCCCAGAUUUGGCGGCGCUAGUUAUAGCGAUAGCAUUAGAGUUAUUUGUUGA